AUGGCCGACUACCAAGGUUCCAAGCGACACAAGAGGUUAAUCCGUCGUCGCGGUGCGUGCGAAGUCUGCAAGCAAAGAAAAGUACGCUGCGAUGGAGGAAAGCCAUGUGGCCAAUGUCAAAAAUCAUCAUGUGACUGUCGCUAUAAAGUCAUAAAUCAUUCCCGAAGAGGAUCAGAAGAGGCGUUCGGUGGUGAAACUUCUCGACACUCCCUUGAUCCAGACCAACAGUCCAAUCAGUGUUCCCCAGAACUCACGUCUUUGUUAUCACCCCCAAGAAGCCUAGAUAUUACGAAAUGGCUUCCUUCAGCACCCUUGGUAAACGCAAGGGAUACAGUGGCAUCGACUACAGAUGAUUUGUUGGCAAAACCGGAUAUCACAAGUACACUGGACUUCUCGAUCCAAGAGCAUCAUUUUAUGGAAUCCGACUGGAACGCGUUGAACGAAACAUUUGAUUUUGAAGACGGAACAAUCUCAGCAGACUUCUGGCAGUCUCUCGAGUCUCAGAAUCUCUCGGGAAGUUCAAGCGUUGAUACCGACAUGUCCAAUGACAAUCAUCAACGAAGUUUAAGUAGUAGCUCCAACUUUCCCCAAACACGGAUAGAGUUAGGGCUCAGUGUCCAAAAGCCUGUACUAGCUGACUCUGAUGACUUCCACUCUAUCAAUCUAGCUGUGCCUCCAUUUUUUCCCGGUUUAAAAGCAGAAAACGUCAAGCGGGACAACUCUGUACCCUACCUCGUAAUUUCUCAAGCGAUAGCAAUAAUCCUUCUCCUUUGCUUCAUAGAAGAAGUUUCUAUCAAAAAUGCAUCGACGCUUGCUAUAGUGACCCACAAGGAUAGGAAGAUUGUGGAAGAUGCCAUUGAGCACACAGAACAUCAAUCGACGAAGGAUCCCAUUUCCUUAGCGCUAGUAAAUGCUGUGCUUGCACUUGCUGCUCAUUAUCUCAACUCCCACGAAAACUACCAUGCGCCCGAAAAGCCAUCAUAUAAUGCAUUUGUACUAUUUGAUAAGGUAUUCUCAGUUCGUCAUCAGCUAACAUCAGGCACAAUCUCAUUACUGGACAUGCAGAUUUAUUUUUCGAUCCGUGCAGGAUCAACAGCAACUCCAGAACUUAUGAUGGCCUCCAUGCAAUGUAUGCAGGCCCUUCGCUUGAACGACUGUGGAUCAAUAUAUCGAGUAUACCCAAAGGAUGCGGAUCAGAAGCAAGCGCGAAAAGCUUUAUGUUUCUUGUACUGUAUGGAAAAGCCGUAUUGUUUACGAUAUAGGAUGUUUUCUAUACUGAAUGAUAAGUUUGUGGAAAACGUUCCACAAGAGGUCACCGAAGAUUUCAACUGGCUUUCGACUCAAUACCAUUUUUCAACUUUAUGCUCCAACAUGUCUCGCAAGCUGUACGGGAGUAAUGGGAGAACGCUACAUUAUGGCAGGUUGGAAUCUGCGCUAAGGGGCUGGAAAGAAAUGCUCCCGUUCUCUGAUGAUUUUGAUAGCCAAAAAUCGUACAACUACUCUGCACUCAGUACAACAGACCGAAGGGUGCGCUUGAGGAACCUCUUUCAAUAUCACGAAACUCUUAUUACGCUAUUCAUGGGUGCCCUAGAUUUUGACGAAUCAGCACACGACACAGUUGAUUUUGACCAGGCGCAAAAAGCUGAGAUUUGCGCUGCAUCAGCAAGAAAAAUCCUAACUGUAAGCUGUCAACUGAGUACAGCUGAUUUUCAAGAAAACUGGCCCUUGUACCAUCUGGUGUGUGUUUCAACAUACGUCUUGUCAGUUUUCAUUAUUCAAAAGCCAGACAAUCGGAAAGAUUUGUCAUAUCUCGGAAUGGCAUUAGGAUUUUUCGGGAGAUUAUCCCUAAACACCGAUUUGCUGUUCGAGGUACCGUUUGACGAAGUUACAGAAUUGGUUAGAUUCGUUCACGAGACAGUGAAGAAUUAUUCUCAGCAAAACAAAGAAAUUUGA